UAAAUUGGAUGUCGGUGAAAAAAACAGAACAGUACGGUAUCCGAUUUUCAAAAAGGCAAAAGUUUUUGCAUUUUCAAACACUGAAGCUUAUUGUGAGUCAUAUUUUAUACUUUAUUAGUUCUAAAAUGUCAAACAGCGAAGACGGCGAGACAUUAAUGAUGCCAACAGAAAAGGAAAGACAUGCUGCUAAAGUGUCUGACAAUGACAAUGCUGCAUUGUUGUCGUCUGGUGAGGAACAAGAAGAGUUGGAAGAAUAUACAGAUAUAUUCGCUGAUACCGUCAAAGUUACUGGUAAGAUUGUACACAGAAGUGACCUUGACGAAGGUGAAUCUGUUUCUGCAAGUGAGGAAGAAAUUAUGGGCUACACAGGUGAUGUUGAGAUGUAUACUGAUGUCAAUGAUAAAGAGGACAGCGUAAAUGAGAGUGACACACCCAUUGUCAAAGAAGGGACACUUAUAAGUCUCAAUGACGAAGAGGAAACAGAAGUAAAUGAAACUGAAAUUUUCAACGUACCUGAGACAAUGACUAAGUCUUUAACUAAUGAUUCUAUAUCUGAGAUAGCAACAAAACUAGAAGAAGUCAGUGUCUCUCCAGCAAGUAAUGAAAUUCAAGUGAAACCAGGAAAACCAGUUAAAGUAUUAAGUGAUUUAAGUGGGUUAGGUUUUAAAGGAGAUUCAGGUUCUGAGAUAUCAUCACACGAAGGGAUAGAUAGUAAGGGAGGGUAUGCUAGUUCUGGUGAAACAUCUCAACAACCAGCAGAAGAAGUCAAUGUCAUGAAAAAGAAAAAGCUGCGAAAACACAUGACAGAGAAAGUUACACAUGAAAACAAUAUUAAGGAUAUGUUCAAUAGUUCAGGUGAAUUUGUAGACGAAAAAGUAAAUAAUGACAUGGCUUCACGUCUUAAAAGAAAAGAGAAAAGAAAAAAGAGGUUAUCUGAAAGUAAAGAUGAGUCAAUAAAAAACAAGCUUAUUGACGUGGACACUCCUCCACAGACCCCAUUACAUAAUAAUAAAACAACUGAAAAAAAGAUAGUUGAACCUGUCACAGCAACAAAAUCCAGACAAAAUAGUCAAAGUAAAACAAAAAGGAAACGAACAAGACAUAAAAUUUAUCUUGAUGAUCCAGAUGUACAUCAACUGAUAACCGAUCAUGUUUCGCUGCUUCAACAAUUUAUCGAGGAUACACAGUCAGGGAAAAACUUGCAGAAAAAACAUGCAAAAGGUUUUUCACCAUCUCAACCCAACAAACAUCAGCAAGGAUUAUACAAAGUUAGCCCUUACAAUGGUCAUGGAAAAAGAGGCAAAAAUAUAAUUGCAAGAAUUAGAAAUGAUGAAACAACGUCAAGUUCUGAAGAUGAAGAUGAUAUAACAAAUAAAAGAAUAGGGCAUAAUAUAAAAGGAAGACAAAAUACGUAUGACAUUUGUCCUGAUUGCGGAGAACGUCAUCCACCUGAUGAUCUUGUGGAAGUUCAGGAUAUAUGCCCUGAUUGUGGUGUACGGCAUAACAAUCCAUACGAACAUACACCAUCACCUAAAUGGAAGAAAUACGUUGAGGCUUGUCGCGACACAUUAAAACCUGGUCAGAAAUAUCAAGCACUAUCGACACAACAGGACCCUGACGACGUGAAGCAAGACACCCUGCCAAGUAUUGAAGGUCCUCACACUUUAGAAGAACUCACUGAAGGAGCAAAGUAUCAACUGAAGUACUUGGGCUCAUCUCAGAUAAUCACACAGCAUCCAGUUACCAAGGAAACACGUAUGCAACAAGCUCAAGAGGCAUAUAACAGGAUCAAGGGACAAGGUGAUGACGAGGAUGAGGAUGACGUCAGCACAAAUGUCAACAUGGUCAUCUCUCUUGAAAGAAUAAAAAUUAUCAACAAAGAUACAAAAUUUGAAGAUGUGAUGAUGGACCAUGCCUUGCGAACAGUUUGUUUUAUAUGCGAUAUGGGAAAAAUUUUAGUCCUGAUGGCCCGAAGAUUAACUAGUGAUCAUAGUACUGAUUUUUCGAUUGAACAAGGCAAACCCAUUUCUCUUGGCUCGAUUGUGGGCGAUCGAGAAAACAAAACUUCCAAAAAUAUUUGUCACGUGUUUGAAUGUGAAAUUGAGGCUUCCAAGAUCGCUAAAGCCAUUGGUCAAGCGUUCAACGUCGCUUACAGGCAGUUCUUACAAACCAACGGUAUCGCUCACGAGCAUGUCGAGGAGGCAGAGUAUUGUCAUGUACUGGAAUCACAAAAGCUUGUAGGUGCCGAUCUGGAUCAAUUGACAGACAAAUCAAAUGCUAGAGAUGUUGUUGUGGUGAAGAAACGUGGUGAUUACUUAGGUAUCAUGUUAUUAGAAUCUGGAUGGGGGUCAAUGUUACCCACAGUGUUUGUGGCUCAUCUCGCAAACUAUUCCGCAGCAGCAAGAUGUCAACAGUUGCUAGUGGGAGAUCAUAUAUUGUCAUGUAAUGGUGCUAGUUUAGUAGGAUUGCCGCUCUCGGAGUGUAACACUAUUUUAAGAAAUACGCGUUCAAGUAAUCGAGUAGUACUGCGUGUCGUAUCGUGUCCUCCAGUUGUUGAUGUUGUUGUCUCUAGACCGGAUGUAAAAUACCAGUUAGGAUUUAGUGUUCAAAAUGGCACCAUUUGCAGUUUGUUGCGUGGGGGAAUUGCUGAAAGGGGUGGAGUGCGCGUUGGUCAUCGUAUCAUCGAAAUAAACGGUGACAGCGUGGUGGCGAAAUCUCAUCAACACAUUGUGGAUAUUUUAGCAAAUACUAUUGGUUCGAUCAGCAUGAAAACGAUGCCAGUUGCGAUGUAUCGGUUAAUGGUAGGAGACGAUCAACCACAACACGUAUGACGUCACUAAUGACGUAGGAUGAGGUUAUAUUAAAAGAUCACGUGAACUUUCAAAAUCUGUAAAGUCUCACAUUAAUCGCGCAUGACUGAUUUUACGUUUCAGUUUGAAACAGGCGUGGAAGAGUGUACUGUGCACUUUGUAGUGGAUAUCUCUCGAGAUGUAGUUGAAUUUUCAAUUAGUUACCAGUCUUCAACAUGGAUAGGCCUGUAAUUAAAGUUCGACAGAUAGAAUUAAAUAACCGAGGGACAAAAAUUCUCUCAUGAACAAAUGUUCGGCCGGGUUCCUGUGAAUUGUUUAGAAAUUAAUUUUCGACUUGUGUCUUCUAUUUGAAUAAUUUUUGCGAAUUUUAAAAAUUUAAAAAACUGAAGAAAAGUCUAGUUCCCUUAAAAUCUAUCAGAUAGUGUAACAAAGCUGUUUUUCCUCACGAUGCUAUCGUGUUUUUGAGUACAAGUUACGUUAGCAUUUUGUUCUGCAAGUGAGAUAUCUUAUUAUCUUGGAAAUUUCUAAUCCUAAUUUUUUCUUUCUUUCAAAAUGUAAAAUAUUAUGUAGUAUAUUCUUUCCUACUUUUUUUACUCUUGUUUUCUACUUAAUUUUUAUUUAUAUAUUGCAUGCUUUGCAAAGGAGUAAAUCAAAUUCUAAGGCGUUUAUUGUUUGAUCUAUUUACGUCUGCACGAGAGGGAAUUCAUCUCGUAACAUUGAAAGUUAGUAUAGGCGUACGUAGAACAACAAUUCAUAUUUGCCUUUGCCAGUCAAAUCCCCUCUGCUUACAUUUGUCUCACUUAUACAAUUUGGUAGAAAUCCAGCUUAAUGCACUAUUUUCCAUCAACUUUGAUCUCUUUUUUUAAAUUUUCCAAACAUAUUUUUAAAAAAUAUAUUUAUGCAUUAUUUAAAUUACAGUUAGUUACUAAGUACAGGGACUUUUAUAACCACCCUAUGGAACCCCUAGAUUGUAUAGUGAAUAAUGUCUUACAGUACAUGAAAAUAUGAUGUGUUUUAUCGUUAGUAGAAAAAUUCCUAAAUGUGAUCUUUUCACCCCCUCUUUUUCUAAUGUUGUGGGUUCUGGAUUUUGGAUUUUAAGCAGAAAAAAUUGUUAUGUGUCGCGUCAACAUUAUCAAUAAUAUCUCUAGGGUUGUAGAUGCCAACCGCGUUUUCGUAGUGUGUAUGCAGAAAGGUCGGUUUUCAUUAUAGCCAGCAAUUCUUGUGCAACAGUUUUUGUGCAAGUGUUUUUAUGAUUUUUUUAACGAAAGUGAAUGUUUACGAAAAAAUGUAAAGCGUUUGUUUGCAAAUAUUACAGGGUGCCCACUUUGUCAGGAAUGUCAAAAAAAGCCUGAAACAUCAGCAUUUUAGAGAAUUUUUGGUUAAAAUUGUCAAUUUCAACGAGGAUCGGUAGCAUGACCAUACUUAAAUCUCCCAAAUAAUCAGAGCCCCAAUAGUAAAUUUCUCUUACAAACAUCAUGGUGAUAACAAAUGGAGCAUGGUGAUUAACUUGCAACAGAGUUGGUUAGUAAAUGGAUAAUUUGUUAGUAGAAGUUUCUAUUUUCCCAAAAAUUUCGGGAAAAUCUUUAAAUAUAGGAAUUUUCACCCUUAAACUUUCUAAAUUCUUCUGAAAUUCUAAAUUUUAAAACUGUGACUACCCUGGUUGAUAUUCAGAUAUUUUGUUACAGAAUUAGCAUUAAUGUUUCGUAGAUUUUUAAUAUGAUUUCCACUAAAUUUACAUUUUUAGACCUAUCCAAGCUUUUAUAGAACUAGUCGUUAGCCCGUGGAAAAAUCCACGGGUUCGCCCGUCCUUUCUAUACCGCAUUGUGUGCGUCUCGCUACCUGCGCAGCUAAGCUACCAUUUUGCGUGACGGACAGACGUAUACGGGUUUUAUAAUAUAGAUAUCUGUACCGGCUUGAAGUAGCUGAAAAUUUAAGGAAGAUGUCAGAACAUUGGUUGACAACACUGGGUGGACAACCUGAAUAAGUUUCCACAAAAAUUAUUUCUCCAAGUUUAUCUCACUUGCAUUUGUUUAUUUCUCUCUCUAACUUAGGUUGACUCGCAAAUCA